AUGGCUCCUAUCACCAAGACUCUCGCCCUUGCUGGCGCUUUCUUCGCCUUGACCGGCUACUCGGCCCCCGUUGCCAAACGCGCCGUCGUUUGGGAGACCGUCACUGAUAUCGUCUGGACCACCGUCGAUGUUACCACCACCGUCUACCCCCAGGCCACUCAUACCGCUACUGUCGUCCCUGCGGUCGCCAACGCUGUUCCUACCACCACCCCUGCUCCUGCUGUUGAAGCCCCUGUCAAGGAGAAGGUUGCGCCCACCGCUUCCUCCACCACUACCGCUGCCGCUGUCGCUGUUGUUGAGGAGCAGGCUGCGCCGACUACCACCUCCUCCACCACUACCGCUCCCGCUGCUCCCGCCAUGGAGGCCGAGACUUAUUCCGCCCCCGCUCCCGUUGUAGAUGCUGAGGCCUCUUCCGCCGCUGCCCCUGCUGCCCCUGCUGCCACCCGCUCUGCCAACACCGAGACUACUAACAGCGAGACCACUACCAAGAGCACCCGCACCGGCGUCUGCUCCGAGGGCACCCCUUGCAGCGGUGAGAUCACCUUCUACGACACCGCCACUACCUCCACCAACCCCAGUUCCUGUGGCACUACCAACGAUGGUACCGUUGAGAACGUUCUCGCCCUUCCCCACGGUAUCAUGGUCGACAGUGACUGCGGCAAGACCGUCACCGUCACAUACGAGGGCCAGACCGCCACCGGCAUUGUGGUCGACAAGUGCAUGGGUUGCGACAACGGCUCCGUCGAUCUGUCUCGUCACUUCUUCGGCGAGCUUGCCCCCAUGGGCAAGGGCCGUGCCUCUGGUGCCAAGUGGUUCAUCCACUAG